AAAGAUUUCACUUAUCCCAAAGUAAAAACCUCUAAAGGUCUUGCCCACUCAGCCGUGAACGACGACUCACUGUCGUCGGCACAACUUUUGCCAUGAAAACGGUGAAUUCUUAUAAUGCAACCUCUUUUCGCAACCGUCGAAACAGUACUAUUAUAAGCGUGAUAUUUUAUUAUCUUAUCGGCGUAGAUUAUGUACACAAGUGUUGGUUUUGUACCGUGUAAUGGACAACACAUUAGUUACCAGCACUCAAAUGGGUACCGUGUGAUUACGUCUGAAUAUAACGAAAAUAAUAUAACCAACAAACGUAUGGAACGUAAAGAGUUGACAUUGAGUUUCCAUAACUUAAUCAAACGAGAUGAGCAACUCUACGGGUAUACAAACUACGGGAUGGACACUCCAACGCCGAUGUCAGCAUCAGGUGACUGCCUACCAGGCUUCUUUCCCGCCAUGGAUUCCCUGAGUCCUGGCAUGGAUUCAGACUUUGACGAGAGUCUGGCAGUGCCUGAGUCGCUCUCCGUUAUCAGUGCUGAUAAAAUUGAUAACAAGGAAGGGAACAGCGCUGGAACGUCCACGCAAACCGCAGUGCCAUUUAGAGCAGUCCACAACCCGCCGAUAAAAUUCAGCUCGGUGCACAGGAAAGUGUUCAUUCCGGGUGUUGAAAUAAAGGUCAGAUUCGUGGAGAACGAACGAAGCGUCACAACACACCUGCUCAAUCCUAAUUUAUACACAAUCUCCCUCACACAUGGCGACUUCAACUGGUCGAUCAAGAAGCGUUACAAGCACAUCCUGUAUCUCCACCAGCAGCUCACACUAUACAGGGCUUCUCUAGACAUACCUUUCCCAACAAAGAACCAUAAGACGAGACGAGCCAGCUUUAAGAAUACUGUGGAUACUGAAGAAAAAGCGGAGAAGGUGGCUUUACAAGCAGUUCCGAGAAGCAACUCGAAACGAAAUGUUAGGCCCAGGAAGAGGAAAGGGGCGUUGCCUAGGUUUCCAAAAAAGCCUGAAGUGAUGGUGACAUACGACGGCAUCCAGCUGCGUAUGAAACAGCUCGAAGAAUAUCUGUACAACCUACUCAACAUUUCGAUAUACAGAAAUCAUCAUGAAACCGUUAAAUUCCUCGAAGUAUCAACCCUGUCGUUCGUCGCGGAGCUCGGCAGUAAAGGCAAAGAGGGCAUGAUACAGAAGCGAACGGGAUCCACCCAGCCCGGGCAGGCCGGCUGCAACUGCUUCGGACUGCUUGGCAACAUGGUUUGUGUGAGGUGCAACUACUUCUGUACUGGCCUGGUGUGUGCCAAGUGGCAAGAAAGAUGGUUCUUCGUGAAGGAUACCUUCUUUGGCUACAUACGACCUCGAGAUGGAGUGAUUAAAGCCAUCAUGCUGUUUGAUCAAGGAUUCGAGGUGUCAAGCGGUAUGUACUCCACGGGCCUGAACCAUGGUCUGCAAGUCCUCAACCACAGCCGGCAGAUGGUGAUCAAAUGUUGGACGAAGAGAAAGAGCAAAGAGUGGAUGCACUAUCUCAAAACUGUUGCUAAUCAGACCGCGCGUGACUUCACGUUCCCCAACGUGCACCACUCGUUCGCGCCGCCGCGCGCCGCCACGCCGGUGGGCGCGCUGGUGGACGGGCGCGCCUACCUGGCCGCCGUGGCCGACGCGCUGGAGCUGGCGCGCGAGGAGAUCUACAUCGCCGACUGGUGGCUCAGCCCCGAGAUAUACCUCAAGCGGCCCGCGCUCGACGGGACCUACUGGCGGCUUGAUGUACUGUUGAAGAGGAAAGCGGCGCAAGGAGUCAAAAUAUUUAUAAUGCUGUACAAAGAAGUCGAAAUGGCGCUCGGUAUCAACAGUUUCUACAGUAAAAGUAGACUAGCUAGCGAAUAUAUUAAGGUCUUCCGUCACCCCGACCACGCUAAGAACGGCGUGUUGUUUUGGGCGCAUCACGAGAAGAUCGUGUGUGUUGACCAGACCGUGGCCUUCGUUGGGGGUAUCGACCUGUGCUAUGGACGCUGGGACGAUUAUAAACAUAGGCUAACAGAUCUAGGCAACGGACCCCACCCGGUCUCCACGAUCAGAACUAAGAAGAAGACGUCGAGCUCUCCCGGCGGCGGCCUGUACCUACCUCACACGAACGGACUGGAAGCUGCGCUGGAACUCGCUAAGAGUUCCAAAGACUUAGUUAUUAGUUUGAAUGACGCCACACUACAAGACGACCCUCAAAAGGAAAAAGAGCCAGAACCAGAGCCGUCACCAGUAGAACCUACCCCAGAAAACCUCCCGGUCCUGGAGCCUGGAGACCAGCUCCUCAUCACCAACCCCCCACCACACGACAAGCACGAAUCCCCUGAAGUCCAGAAACGAAAUGUCCUGAACAAAAUCACGGACAGAGGGAAAGAUAUUAUUAGUAUACUGUACCCGCCAUAUGAAGAGGAGAGGUAUGAACAGAAGUUUGAUGACUCAGAAAGGAAAAAGGCGGAGAAAUAUGCGCUGUCCAAUGACCAGAUAUUACUUACUGAUGCCUUAGGUGUACCACCAAUAGAGAUAGAAUCUAGACAUGUAAGCCAACCCACACCUCUAGCACAAGUGAUAGAAGGCAGAGUGAUCACGGAGAGGACCAAGGAAGAGCUGGAGGAUAAUGAAGUGAACAACAAGCUUUGGAUAGGGAAGGACUACACCAACUUCAUUGUGAAGGACUUCAAUAACUUAGAUCUGCCGUUUGUUGACCUGGUGGACCGCAACUCGACGCCGCGCAUGCCGUGGCACGACGUGGGCGUGCUGCUGCAGGGCGCCGCCGCGCGCGACGUGGCCCGACACUUCAUACAGCGGUGGAAUGCCAUCAAGCUGCAGAAGGCCAGACAAAACCCGAACUACCCGUACCUGCUACCAAAGUCUUACGACAACAUUAAACCGCUGCAUGACCUAGACAAACUACUCGAGUGUGACAUCAACAACGUAUCGUGUCAGGUCCUGCGCAGCCUGUCCAGCUGGUCGGGCGGGUUCCUGGACCCCGACACGGUGGAGCAGAGCAUCCACGAGGCCUACGUGGACACCAUCACGCGCGCGCAGCACUACGUCUACAUAGAGAACCAAUUCUUCAUCACGCAGUCUCGUUCUAGUGUCACUGUUAGGAACCAGAUAGGCGAGGCGCUGUACAACCGCAUCAUGCGCGCGUUCCGCGCGGGGCAGCGCUUCCGCGUGUUCGUGGUGAUGCCGCUGCUGCCCGGCUUCGAGGGCGAGGUGGGCGCGCCCUCCGGCACCUCGCUGCACGCCGUCACGCACUGGAACUACCAGAGCAUCUGCCGGUCUCGCGAAGCUAUACUGACUCGACUAUACGAGGCGGGCGUCACAGACCCCACAGAAUACAUCACAUUCCACGGCCUCCGCACACACUCCGUGCUGGGCGGCGAGCCGGUCACCGAGCUCGUGUACGUGCACUCCAAGCUGCUGAUAGCUGACGACAAGACUAUCAUAUGUGGAAGUGCGAAUAUCAAUGAUAGAUCUAUGAUCGGGACUAGGGAUUCGGAAAUUGCGGUGUUGUUGCAGGACGAGCAGUUCACAGACGGCACCAUGAACGGCGAGGCGUACCCGUGCGGGCGCGUGGCGGGCGCGCUGCGCAAGCGCCUGUUCCGGGAACAUCUGGGGCUCAUGGGCGAGGACCUGGAGCAACGGGGGCUGUCGCUCGACGACCCCUGCUGCGACCAGUUCUACAGGAACCACUGGAAGGCCACGUCGAAAUUGAAUACUGAUAUCUAUGAGGAGGUCUUCCAAACCAUCCCAACGGACUCGGUCCAUUCCUUCGCUGAACUAAAGAAAUACCAAGAAGAGCACUGUCACAACCUCUGGAACACAGAUCCAGCGUUAGCGAACAGGAAAAUAGACCUUAUACAAGGGUAUUUAGUAGAUAUGCCGCUAGAUUUCCUUUGCAACGAAACCUUGACUCCAAGGAAUACCUCAAUGGAAGGUAUGAUGCCGACCGCCCUUUGGACUUAAUAAUAUUAAUGUUAUUGAUACUGCCUGGAUUAAUAUGCCAUGAAUAUCUGUGUCAAUAGGAUUUGUGAGUUAGUUUGGUGCUUAUAAUCCUGUAAAUAUCAGGCAGAAAGCAUUCCCUAGUUUGCAGUAUAUUACGUAAACACUAUGAAAAUUAUUUAUUUUUUCACAACUUAAAUUGACACAGAUAAAUUAACGAAUAAACUUUUAAGAAUUGACGUAUUGAGAUUUUUAGACGUUGAAUCUGUUGAGAUGAGAAUAUUUAAUGAUUAAUGAUGAGAAUAUUUAUAUUAUUAAUACCAUAAUUUAUUUCGUGUGUAUUGUGUUGUAUUUCGAUGUUUUGCUAUAUUUUUCUACGUUCGACGAUCAACAUCAGUCACGCCUAUGCCUAAGCGAUGGUAACUCCAAUAAAAUACGAAAAUUGACGAUGAUGGUCGAACAUUGCCAAAGCGAAGGCAAGUUAACAACAUAGAAAAUUAACGAUUGCAUAAUAAGUACGUACCUCUUUAUAAAUAAGUUUUAAAUGGAUGUAAGUGCAAUAUAUUUAAUCUGAUAUUGUAAGGUUGUAUAGUCAGUUUGUUAAAUGUGAGUGUUUGAUGAUCUGAUGUAGUUCUCUACAGAGUUUCCAUUUAUUUUUCAAUAAUACUAUGUUUAUUAAGCGUCAGUGGUGCAUUUGAGCUAUACUUCACAGCCAAAUAGUUUUCAUAGUAAAAAAAUGAAAUAAUUAUUUUGCGUCCAAUUAAAAUAAUGUAUAAAUUAUUAUUAAUCAUUAACACCUAUCAAAAUAGUAUACACUUGAUGUAACUAAACUACUGCUAAAUGCUUUCUAAUCACCCGAUGUUAAAUCAAUUAAUUCAAUAACUUAUUUACACGGAACUCCUAUAUAGGUUAUACUUAAAAAUGUAUUUAUCAUUCCAAUAUUCGCGCCAAAUUUCACGACCUCUAUAUUAAAGCUGAAGUUAUUUCUUUUUAUUAUUUACAACAUAUUUUAUUUAAAUAUUCAUUCCAUUUAAUUUAAUUAAAACAAUCUUAGCAACUGGGCUAGAUAAUAUAUAAAAAUAAUCAGCAUAGAAAUGUGUUUAUAAAACAUGGUGUGAUGUCUACUACUACAGAUAAGAAACUAACUCCCGAAUACUGAAACGGAACUUCAAAACGUUCCUAAAUAUGUAUACCUGUCGCUAUUAUACGCUAUAAUAUGACAGAGACAGCAUGAGGCUAACUUUGAUUAAAACCGAGUGUCGUUUCAGUAUUUGGCAUAGGUUUAUUACAAAACUAUCUUAUGAAAAAUCUUAUCUUAAUCAUUUACAGUAUUAUAAUGCAUAAUUUGACUAUUGCUUAUUGCGGGUUUCGAUCUUAAUUUACUUUAUUUAUAUCAUUUUAGACCGAGUAAAUUGUAUAAUGAUAAUAUUAAAUAACUAAAAAAUUCCUAUAGAAACUGAACUACUUAAAUCUAAGAAAUAAUAUUGAUAACCAAAACAAAGAAACUUCCUAUUAACAUAAAUCUAAGCUAUUUGAAAACAAAUUAUAAUUGUACUGAAAAAUAACGCUUCCAAACUAGAAUAAUAAUAAGUUCCAAUUUAUAAAAACCGUUUUCAGAUCGAUUUUUCCGUUCCUUACAAAUACAUGUCAUUCCAGUAAUAACCACCGGUUUCAAAUAUAUUUAAACAAUAUAUUCAAAUAUCCCAAAUAAAAAUGUGUUCAUACAUAUUAUAUAAGGACCUAACAAAACUGUUAUUUAAAACACCAGUUAUUCAAUCAUUGCCAGCUUUAUUUGAUUCUAAUUAUUCCAGUAAUUAUAUAAUUAUAAAAUUUAAAAAUUCCAUCCAAGUUACCUAUUACGGACUACUCACACUUAAUCAGCUCUAUUUAACUUAUUUUCAAUUAAGAUAACCAUUUUAUGUAGUGAUUGCUACAAAUCGAUGUUUUCUUGACCAUAAGCUGAAUAAGUGUAAGUUGUUAACUACUGCUACACUCAGCAGUUCUCAUUUUAAAAUAGAAUGUCAAAAGAAAACCUGUUUUAUUUAAUUCACUUUCCUAUUGCUGGUAUUAAAUGUUUAGUUAUUAAAGUAAUGCUAGAAACUCCAAUACUGAUACAGAAAUUAGUAGUAUUACUUACCUACGGGGGACCCUUCCCUUGGUUUUUCAUGGCUGUUUUUAAUAAUUCUUAUGAUAAAAAUAAUUUUAUUUUUUUAUUUUUCUGAUGGAAUAUAGAUGAUUUUAUUAUGGUGCAAAUACGGCUUUUGUUUGUAUAUUUAAACAAAGUUUUAUGAAUUUUUAAUCUUUUUAAUUUUAUGUUUGAAAUGAAUUUGUGUUGUGUGUUAUGUGAUAAUAAUAUAUAUUUUUAUGAAAAAA